AUGUUGGCAUUCGGGGUGGCAGCAACAGAAUCGCUGAUAAGCUUCAAGGCUCUAGGUCUCCGCCAUGGAGCGGCCAAGACAGUGCACGCCUGCCUGCAGUUGGCAUCCUUACUCUUUGGCAGCGCUGCAUUCAUUGUCGUCCUUCUCUUUCACAACUCCAACAAAUUCCCAAAUUUCUACAGGUUCGCGCCUGGGUCUGUGAAGGCCGCCUACCUCCGCUAUCACAAAAUAGGGGGCAUUGCCAUCUAUGCCGGGGCCCUGGCGGCUAUCUGCUCAGGGCUUAUGCAGAAGCAAUCCUUCUUGCGCAGCAACAGCCCCAAGGUGCCGUUGUUCGGGACUGCAAACCUCCUGGCUAAUGCAUUAGCGCUCACUGCAGUGCUGACCCUCUUUGCAGUUUUGGGGGUAUUGGGCUUUGAAAGCAUCUCCCUUACUCGGGGCCUCCUGUCAGAAACGGCUUCAGGCAAUAUGUCUCCCCAGGAUGGGGACUUCAGUGCUGGUGGCUCCGCUACAGACACCGAGCGGCUUCGCUCCAGGACUCCCAACCGGAGGGCGAGGUGA